AUGGACUCUGCGCUCAAGGCCAAGCUGACUGAGAUCUUGGAUAGUGCGACUCAGAAGGGGCUUUUGAGUUCCAUGGAAGUCGUAUACGCUUUACUCAAGGAACAUGGCUACAUGUACCAGUUACAUGUACAUAGCAAGCUGAUCGGAGUACAUCAGGGCAACCGCGACGGAUUCGGAAUCGACCCUGAGCACUGCCACGCACUUGUGGACCGUUUCCACGACCUUGGAUUUGUGCCUUCUGCUGGAAGAUACAUUGCAGUUGAGAUCCCCAUGGGACCUGAAGGUGAGGUCACUCGAGAGUUCAACAAACAGCUGGCAGCUUCAUCCAAGGAUCUGCUGCCGCCUGUCAAUGACAUCUUGAAGUAUGCCUCAAUCAGCGGAAGCCACAGCAACAUGGUCCUUCGCUUGUGGCACUACAGCUGCAAGCACGGGGAGAACCUUCUCAGCGUUGAUCAGCUACGUGUACACGACCCUGUCUACGCCGCAGCGGUGGAGCAAGGGCUUCAGUGGGAAGUCGUGUCUGCUGAGAUUACCCAGUGUUUUCCGAGCUUCGUUUCUCUAGCACAAUCUGCUCAGAACUCAAUUGCUCAAGUGUGCCAGCAGGAGACAGAGCUUCAGCUUUGCAAGCGCGUGAAGGCCUGCAUUCGAAGCGAUGGCUCAAUCGCGAAAUAUGAAGACAUUGCCCCCAUCAUUUUGAGGUCGCAGCCACCCAACCCGGGCAUUGUACCGUAUCUGCUGAAGUUUAUCAUGCGGUUUGGCUGCGCUGGAGACAUGAUGGAGCUCACCGAAAGCUUUGUGAGAACAAAUGGCGCCUCUGGCAGAUCGUUGGGCAUUGACAUGUGGGAUUGCCUUUCAAUGGAAGUGAAGCACCGCGACCAAGAGCAACUCAUGCUCUGGCGGCAAGCCUUUUUGAAGGCCUUGUUGUGCCACCAUGAGAAGUUGCUUUCCGUCAGUGACCUCCGCAAAAGCUUGAUUUCCAAAGAUAUUCUCCGCAAGAUCUUGACGUUCGAGGACACGCUGGUCAACCUGAAGGCUCAUGGUGCAAAGUUCACGGACUUGACCUCAUACCAGCUGUUGCAAGGCCAUGGCAUCUUUGAAGUGAAAGCUGUGGUUCUGAUCGUAGGCAAGAAGUCGAAGCAACCUCAUGCCCUCUUCUUGAAAGUUGAGACUUUAGAAGAUGCUGCGUUUCAAUGCCAUGAGUAUUGGCAAGGCUUGUCACAAGUCAGG